CGGGGCGGAGGCGCCAGGAGCAGCCGCCCGCAGCCCUCUCGCGGACCUCGCACUCUAUGGCCACAGGGAGCCGCUGAGAGGAGACGCGCUCGUCCCGCCCGCCGCCGCACCUGCCGCGCCGACCUGCUCUCAGACCCCAGCCCGCGCGCGCCUCCCGCCGCCAUGAACCACUCGCCACUCAAGACCGCCUUGGCGCACGAGUGCUUCUCGGACCAGGACAACUCGACGCUGGCCUUGCCGUCGGACCAGAAGAUGAAAACAGGCACGUCGGGCCGGCAGCGCGUGCAGGAGCAGGUGAUGAUGACCGUCAAGCGGCAGAAGUCCAAGUCCUCGCAGGCGUCCACCCUGAGCCACUCCAACCGAGGUUCCAUGUACGACGGCUUGGCCGACAACUACAACUAUGGGACCGGCAGCCGGAGCGGCUACUACGCCAAGUUGCAGGCGGGGAACGGCGCGUGGGGAUACCCGAUCUACAACGGGACCCUCAAGCGGGAAGCUGACAACAGGCGCUUCAGCUCCUACAGCCAGAUGGAGAACUGGGGCCGGCACUACGCCCGGGGCAGCUGCAACACCGGUGCAGGCAGCGACAUCUGCUUCAUGCAGAAAAUCAAAGCCAGCCGCAGCGAGCCCGACCUCUACUGCGACCCGAGGGGCACUUUGCGCAAGGGCACGCUGAGCAGCAAGGGCCACAAGACCGCCCAGAGCCGCUACAGCUUCUACAGCACCUGCAGCGGCCAGAAGCCGGUCAAGAAGUGCCCUGUGCGCCCACCCUCCUGCGUUUCCAAGCAGGACCCACUGUGCUGCAACAAGGAACUGUCCUUCGGCCACUCCAGGGCCAGCUCCAAGAUCUGCAGCGAGGACAUCGAGUGCAGCGGGCUGACCAUCCCUAAGGCCGUGCAGUACCUGAGCUCCCAGGACGAGAAGUGCCAGGCCAUCGGGGCCUAUUACAUCCAGCACACCUGCUUCCAGGACGAGUGUGCCAAGCAGCAGGUCUAUCAGCUGGGAGGCAUCUGCAAGCUGGUGGACCUCCUCCGAAGCCCCAACCAGAAUGUCCAGCAGGCCGCAGCCGGGGCCCUGCGUAACCUGGUGUUCCGGAGCACCACGAACAAGCUGGAGACCCGGAGGCAGAACGGGAUCCGCGAGGCUGUCACCCUUCUGCGGAGAACUGGGAGCAGCGAGAUCCAGAAACAACUGACAGGGCUGCUCUGGAACCUGUCUUCUACGGAUGAACUGAAGGAGGAGCUCAUCAUGGAUGCCCUGCCUGUGCUGGCCGACCGCGUCAUCAUCCCCUUCUCCGGCAACAGCAACGUGUGCCGGGAACCCGUGGACCCUGAGGUCUUCUUCAAUGCCACAGGCUGCCUGAGGAACCUGAGCUCAGCCACCGCCGGCCGCCAGACCAUGAGAAACUACACGGGACUCAUCGACUCCCUCAUGGCCUAUGUCCAGAACUGCGUGGCAGCCAGCCGCUGCGACGACAAGUCUGUGGAGAACUGCAUGUGCAUCUUGCACAACCUGUCCUACCGCCUGGACGCCGAGGUGCCCACCCGCUACCGCCAGCUGGAGUACAACACCCGCAACGCCUACACGGACAAGUCCUCCACCGGCUGCUUCAGCAACAAGAGCGACAAGAUGAUGAACAACAACUAUGACUGCCCCCUUCCCGAGGAGGAGGCCAACCCCAAGGGCAGCAACUGGCUGUACCACUCAGAUGCUAUCCGCACCUACCUGAACCUCAUGGGCAAGAGCAAGAAAGAUGCCACCCUGGAGGCCUGCGCCGGCGCCCUGCAGAACCUGACUGCCAGCAAGGGGCUGAUGUCCAGCGGCAUGAGCCAGCUGAUCGGGCUCAAGGAAAAGGGCCUGCCACAGAUCGCUCGUCUGCUGCAGUCCGGCAACUCCGACGUGGUGCGGUCCGGGGCCUCCCUCCUGAGCAACAUGUCCCGCCACCCCGCGCUUCACAGGGCCAUGGGGAACCAGGUGUUCCCGGAGGUGACCAGGCUGCUCACCAGUCACACUGGCAACACCACCAACUCGGAGGACAUCCUGUCCUCGGCCUGCUACACCGUGAGGAACCUGAUGGCCUCCCAGCCACAGGCGGCCAGGCAGCACUUCUCCAGCAGCAUGGUCAACAAUGUCAUCAACCUGUGUCGCAGCAGUGCCUCCCCCAAGGCUGCAGACGCUGCCCGGCUCCUCCUGUCUGACAUGUGGUCCAGCAAGGAGCUGCAGAGUGUCCUCAGACAGCAAGGUUUCGAUAGGAGCAUGCUGGGGACCUUAGCCGGGGCCAACAGCCUCAGGAACUUCACCUCCCGGUUCUAGGAAAAGGCCACUCGAGCAAGGUCAGCUUGCAGAAGCGACAUGACCCACUGAGAAGACCUCAGGCCUUGCUGGAGGGGUUAUUCUGUCCACCAUGUGCAGUAUUUGGAAAAGUUCAAAUGCAACUGAGAACAAACCUGAAAACUAUGGAUGAUGGAAAUAUUUUUAGAUUCCUUUUUUUUUCCUUGGGGGAACUGGCAGGCGAUAGGGGUUGGGGGAGGGUGGGGGGGGACUUUCUUGAGUUAAAGGGGUUUAUGUCUGAUGUCAAUACUUCUUUCGCUACGAAAUGGUAUAUAUAUAUGUGUGUGUGUGUAUAAUGUGUGUGUGCAUGCACGUGUGUGCAUGAGCACCUAAAAGCAUGACCACAGACUGCAAAAAGCUAGAUCCGAUAUUUUAUUGCAGCUCAUGGGUGGUAAAAGGACUCCCCGUGUUUCUUACUGACAGGCAAGUACGGUGCUUUUGCUUAGCUGCCCGGAGGUCCUGAAGUGUUUUGUGCCAGGGCAGGGUCCCUGCCUGGAGUCAGGCCCAUGAGGAGUCUGCAGGGGGACUGACCCCCGAGGACGAGGCAGGAGGGGCGAGUAACCCGGGCCGGGGCUAACCUCCCCUCUGAAGAGGUGGCCGUGUAGGAAGGGAGGCUGGCAAUGGAUACUGAGGUUCACGGUAUCUCACAGGAAAAUCUAGUCCAAUAGGCUGCCCUUCCCACAAUGCCACAAGGACAAGGACUAGGGCUGGGCAGAGGUGGGGCUCCAGAAGAUGGGCAGGGACAGUCUGGCUUGCUUUGCUCUAAGAAGUCUGUCCCAGAAGAGUAGGAGACAGAGAGAGGGGCCUGUCCAUUCUCCUGGGCUGUGUACCAUCAGAGCAGGCUCAGCAGAAAGCCCGUGCCUUCAAGGGCUUGUAACCUGCCUGCGGCAGGAGGAAAGGUGAAAUGUUGCUCAAGGCCAAGUUCCAAAUGGCUGUUCAAUCUUCAUUAUCCCAGUGGAGUGGGAGUCAGGCUGGGGCUGAGCAAGGACCUGCCCCAGCCUCCAGUGGGACAGGGGCCAUCUGGAAAUUAACCAAGAGGACACUUCCCUGCCUGCCUACUGAGACUCAAGUGAAGGAGUGUUUGGGGUCCCAGGAGACUUGACGAGAAUUUGGAUAGACCAGGAGAGUAGCUGUGACAUCAGGGGCGGCAGCGAGCCCACACCCCAGCCCCGGCUGUCCCCACCUUCCCCUGAGCCACAGCCGUCCUGUCUCACCCUGGCAUGUGUUAGAAGAGGUCCGUGAGGGGCACCAGCCACAGCCCUGGCCCCUGAUUCUUGUGCAUUUCAGAUCAGGAGAAGCAGAAGGGCCUCCUGUAAAUAGCCCUCGGUAUACACUGUAAGACAGGCGGAACGGAGGGUUCCCAAGCUCUCCCGUCAGCCUCCACUGGCCGCGUUGCCAUCAGCGGUGUUAGAAGGAGGUCGCUGCCUGGUCCAUACCCUGUCUCCCUUGCUCCUCAGCCCCCCAACCUCCUCCCAAGUCUCCUACCCCUCUGUACUACCCCCAGUCCAGCCCCCCUUCUUCCCCCAGCACUCCGAACUGGAAAACACCUUUCAGGGCCAGAGAUGCGCCAUGAAGAGAGGUGGCAGCUGUGCCUGGGCCGGGCCAGCCACGAGCUAACAGGCCCCCUAGCCAGGCGUCCCGCGGGGCUGUGGGGCUGUGGCAUCCUCCCGCCUCCUGCCUCACCCCCUCCUCAGGGCCUGCCUGGGGGCCUGGUCCCACCAGACUGUCCUGGACAUAGAUUUCAAGAUGACUCCUCUGCCAGUCAUCAGGGCCCAGAGGAAUGCAUUUCUUUAAAAAGUAUGUAUUUUUUUAAGGUUUUUAGAAACACCAACAUGUGCCGGGCGCUGUUAUAAGCACUCGGGACAGUUGGGUGGGCAAAGCAGAGCACAGCCAGAGUGAAGAGCCAGGUGGGCCCAGCCCUCUGCCCUGGGGAAGGUGGCGGCUUUGCAGGCCCCUUGGCCGAGGUGGACAGGCCUGACUUCAGUGACCUCUCGCGCCCUCUCAGGCCAGGUCCCAGGGCUUGUCACCCAGACCUCUGACCCACGCCUGCCACUUUGGAAGAGGCAAACCUGAGAGGGGCCUGAGGAUGCGUUUCCUAGAGAAAGGGAGUAAGGGGCUUACCAGGCUGCCCAAGCCAAGGUCUGUCUCUGUAUUUUAAGCCCACAUUGGCCUCAGACUACCAGGGUUGGCCCUCCAAACAAGAUGCUCCAAUGAGGGGCCAAAUGAGGAAUUGCACAGACCACUGCCCUAACCCCCAGCUGUGCCUGAGACAGAUCCAGUCAUUGGCCACAGCAGCCUGCCCAGUGGGGUCAGACCAGCAGCACAGGUGCCCCCUUCUCCCAGGAACUCGGCAGGCAGGGGUGCCCCCUCCCGUCCACCCUGCCCGGCUGAGGGGUGGGAUGGCUGUGGCCAGGGGAUGCUGCGCGGUGCCUGGAGCCCAUCCUCUGUGUCUGUCUAAGAGCCGUGCUGGCCGCGCCCAGUGUCCCUGUGUGAUAUGCUAUGUAUUUGCUUUUUUGGAACUAUAGGAAAUCAAUAAAUUGCUAGUGUUUCUUUGA